UGGCCUCAACGGAUCCUCUCCCUUCGGCCUCAGCUUCCCAAGUAGCUAGAACUCCAGGUGCAAGCUACCGCACCCAGUAAGAAUCCUAUUCUCUUUUGGACUAACAAACUCCUACUCAUCCAUCAAAGCCCCAGCUCCAAAGGCCCCUUCUCCGAGGAACCUGGCCUGGUUCCCUAGUCCACCUCCCAGCUAGUAGAGCUCCCUGGGAAGGGGUUAGACGCCUCUAAGUGGCAGAGAGAGGCCCUCAUUCCUGCCCCAAAGGAAGCCUUCUCCCCUCCCCUGUGUGGCAGAAGAGGAGUCUGAGACGGAGAAAGAGGGAGAGCCGCCCAGGAGCUCUGAGCAGGGAGCCGGCAGGAGCGCCACGUCCGGGCGGCCUUGGUCCCUCCCUGCCUCAGUUUCCCGUGGCGUCAAAGCGGGCGAGCGCCCCUCCGGGCCUCUGGUGACGGGGGUGCAGUGCCCGGGCGGGGGUCCGGGGGCGACCGAGGGGGCUCAGGAAGUCCGCGGCCGCAGGAAUUCGGCGCCUCCAGGCCUUAUAAGGACAUUUGCGCUCCGGGCCAAUCAGCGGCGGGGGCGUGGCGCACGGAGCCCAGCGCGUCCCAACCCCGCGCCCGCCCGGCGGUCCCGUCCCGUCCCGUCCGGCCCCGUCCCGCCGCCCGCCAGCCAGCCAUGAGCUCCACGCAGUUCAACAAGGGCCCCUCGUACGGGCUGUCGGCCGAGGUCAAGAACCGGCUCCUGUCCAAAUAUGACCCCCAGAAGGAGGCAGAGCUCCGCACCUGGAUCGAGGGACUCACUGGCCUCUCCAUCGGCCCCGACUUCCAGAAAGGCCUGAAGGACGGAACUAUCUUAUGCACACUCAUGAACAAGCUACAGCCGGGCUCCGUCCCCAAGAUCAACCGCUCCAUGCAGAACUGGCACCAGCUAGAAAACCUGUCCAACUUCAUCAAGGCCAUGGUCAGCUACGGCAUGAACCCCGUGGACCUGUUCGAGGCCAACGACCUGUUUGAGAGUGGGAACAUGACACAGGUGCAGGUGUCUCUUCUCGCCCUGGCGGGGAAGGCCAAGACUAAGGGGCUGCAGAGCGGGGUGGACAUCGGCGUCAAGUACUCGGAGAAGCAGGAGCGGAAUUUCGAUGAUGCCACCAUGAAGGCCGGCCAGUGUGUCAUCGGGCUGCAGAUGGGCACCAACAAAUGCGCCAGCCAGUCGGGCAUGACCGCGUACGGCACGAGGAGGCAUCUCUAUGACCCCAAGAACCAUAUCCUGCCCCCCAUGGACCACUCGACCAUCAGCCUCCAGAUGGGCACAAACAAGUGUGCGAGCCAGGUGGGGCUCGUCCGGGUGCCCCAGACUCCUCUCCCUGUCCCUCCAUAAUCUGUGGUCUCGGCCCCUCCCCGAGGUCACCUCUGGCUUCCCUCCAGGCUCUUGGUCUCAGCCCCUUCCCUGGACCACCUCCGGCUUCCCUCCCCGCUCUCCGUCUCAGUCCCUUCCCUAGACCACCUCCCACUUCCCUCCCUGCUCUGUGUCUCCGCCUUGGAUUUCAACCUCUGUCGUUUCCACCUGGCUGUGGGUGCCUGGGGAAGUUACUACCUCACCCUGUCUCAUUUUCCCUUAAGGACUGCCCAAAGGUC